AUGGCUGACCCCAGGAACGAUCCGUCUUCAAGCCCGAGUGGCAAACCAGAACAAUCGAAGAUCGCAAUCGUUGGGUUUGAGGGAAGAUUCCCUGAUGCUGAAAGCAUAGACAAGUUCUGGGAUAUCCUGCACAAGGGUCUUGAUGUCCAUCGAAAGAUUCUAGAAGACCGAUUCGAUGUCGCAACGCAUUAUGACCCUACUGGCCGAAAGAAGAAUACGAGUAAGGUCCAAUAUGGCUGCUUCAUUGAGAAACCAGGCUUGUUCGGUGCUCGGUUCUUCAACAUGUCACCACGGGAAUCUGCCAAUGCCGAUCCAGGUCAGCGAUUAGCGAUCAUUACUGCAUACGAAGCCCUGGAGAUGGCCGGCUUUGUACCAGACACAACUCCAUCAACCCAACGGAAUCGAGUCGGCAUCUUUUAUGGCAUGACUAGUGAUGAUUGGAGAGAAGUAAACAGUGGCCAGAAUAUCGACACUUCUUUUUUACCUGGUGGCAACCGUGCUUUCACUCCAGGGCGCAUCAAUUAUCAUUUCAAGUUCAGUGGACCCAGCUUCAGCGUCGACACAGCGUGUUCCUCGAGUUUUGCAGCCAUACACGUAGCCUGCAACUCAUUGUGGAGAGGUAAUUGCGACACUGCCAUUGCUGGCGGUACAAACGUCAUGACAAACCCAGAUAUUUUCGCUGGUCUCGACCGUGGCCAAUUCUUGUCAUCCACAGGGAAUUGUAACACAUUUGAUGACGGUGCAAAUGGUUAUUGCAGAGCUGAUGCUGUAGGAACCGUGGUUCUCAAGAGGUUGGAGGACGCAGAAGCCGACAAUGACCCUAUCAGAGGCGUCAUUCUUGGAGCAUACACGAACCACUCCGCAGAAGCGGACUCAAUGACUAGGCCUCAUGUGGGAGCUCAAGCCUCCAUCUUUACCAAUAUUUUGGAUGUUGCAAACGUUGAUCCGCUCGAUGUGAGUUACAUCGAAAUGCAUGGAACUGGCACUCAAGCUGGUGAUGUCGUGGAGAUGAAGUCGGUCUUAGAUGUUUUUGCUACAGGAAAACGUGGUCCUGAACAUUCGCUACACCUUGGAUCGAUCAAGGCAAACGUCGGUCACGCCGAGUCAGGAUCAAGGGUAACUUCUCUGAUCAAGGUCCUGAAGAUGAUGGAAGAGAACGAGAUCCCGCCGCACUGCGGUAUCAAAACAAAGAUCAACCACAAUUUCCCUACCGACCUCAAGGUGAGAAAUGUGAAGAUUGCGUUGGAACCGACUGAUUGGAGACGACCGGAGCAUGGGAAGCGAAAACGAACCGUAUUUUUGAACAACUUCAGUGCUGGCGGAGGGAACACUGCUCUGCUUAUGGAAGAUGCUCCUAGCGUUUUCCCUAUGGAUCACCUCGACCCUCGAUCCACUCACUUGGUGGCAGUUUCUGGCAAAAUCAAGCUUUCAAUUCAGAAGAACAUCGAAACUUUGGCGGCUUUUCUGAAUGGCAACCCCGAACUGUCGCUCCCAUCUCUGGCAUACACAUCAACCGCUCGCCGCAUGCACCAUAGCCAUCGAGUUAUCGGCAGUGGCCGUGACCUCAGAUCGACCAAAGACGCUCUGCAAGGCCUUGGACCAAGCGAAGACCUUAAAUCAACUCCGAUUCCCGCAAAGGUCCCCAAAGUGAACUUCGUAUUCACAGGCCAAGGCGCCCUAUAUGCCAGUCUGGCACGCCAGCUAUUCGACCACAUCUCCUCAUUUCGGGCAAGUAUCCAGCGCUUUGAUCGCAUAGCGCAAAGCCAAGGAUUUCCAAGCUUUGUACCCCUGAUUGAUGGUUCUCGCGGCGGCCUUCAGGAGGUCGGGCCAGUAGUCUCUCAACCUUGGAGACACACCGCAGGAGUUGUCUCAGCUAGCGACGCUAUCUUCUUAGCCGGAAUCAGAGCUCAGGUUCUAGAAGAACGCUGCAACACCGGAACACAUGCUAUGCUCGCUGUCAAAGCGUCUUUGUCAUCGCUCAGCAAUUAUGUGAAUCGGCAAAGCUACGAAGUUGCUUGUAUCAAUGGUCCUAAUGAGACUGUACUCAGUGGGACGAUUUCAGAGGUUGACUUGCUUUCAAUCAUUCUUACAGCGCAAAACAUCAAGAGCGCAAGCUCGAUGUACUCUUCGCUUUUCACUCACCUCAAGUCGAGUGCAUUUUACACGAUUUCGAACCCGCAGCGCAGGCUGUAA